AUGGAAAAAGCACAAAUUUCAAGCAGUGACGAAACUUUAAGGCCAAAUAAAAUUAUUGGUCGACCCGAAGUUCAACCUAAUCCUAAUCUUAUCAUGAUUAUUCAUAAAAAAGUCUUGGAAUCAAACAAAGCAG